AUGUGUUACUACCGGUUCGUCUGUGCUACCCUGCUGAUGGUCGUCGCUUCGCCGGUGAGCAGUGACAACCCCCGCCAUCCCCAGUCCACGAUCAGCCUGCAUCAAUCAGCAUCCGGCAGCGAUGAGUCAUUCACCCCGCUGUACGAUGGCGGUGGCGGUGGCGGAGGCGGCGGCGGGGCCCUGUUUCCCGCGGACGAGCAGGUUUUCGCGCCGACACUGCCGAUACCGGAAAAACAAGUUUUGGAGCUAGCCGGGCUGCGGGCGGACAUUGCGGCCGCUUCCGGCAGUGGACGGGCGGGCAUCAGCGGCCCGAGCAGAUCUCAGACGGCGGCGGCGGCGGCGGCGGCGGCGGCGGUGGACGACGAACAUCAUCCGGCGGCGCAGAAAAUCUAUCCCACCUUCUUCCGCAACAUUCCCCCGCUGGGCCACUCACGGCCCUACUACCAGUCGACGGAGGCGGCCAUCGAGCAGCAGCGCUUCAACAAGCUGCGAGCGCCGGCCAUCCCGGAAGUCAGCUCGCCCUUGCUCGGUUCGGGCGACUUCGGCGUCAUCAAGGGUGGCACGUUCUACUAUGACACCGAUGGUCCGAGUAAGGGCUUCGUCGACGACUUCUACAGCCUCGGCUACAACAACAACAACGGGCACGGGCGGCCGCAGCUGGCGUUCCUCGUGCAGAAGCCGCACCAGAAGGAGGAGCAGUUCUCCAACUUCCGCGACUUUGCCGACAUCAACAUCUCCAACGAUCCGGCGUACUCGCACCAUGCGCCACUCUUCCUGCCCGUACCUGACAGCCGGCAUCACGAACCGGAGAACAUCCUGGACGAGCUGAGGUCGCUGGAUCUCGAGGCGACCUCUACGAUGGCGACGACGACGACGACGACCGCUUCCAAGGGAAGCCACGGGAAAGGGGUGGCGCAGAAGCGGAAGAAGAGCACACUCGUCGAGAGGAAAAAGCGGCUAAAGACUCUGAAGGACGCCAAGGGGCAGCCGGAGGGCGGUUCGGAGGACUACAUGAUGGCGGCGAGCUAG